AUGGCGCUGGUAGCCUACUCCGACUCUGAGGGCUCGGAUGCAGAGCCUGACACCGCGCCCGCUCCAUCCACUCAGACAAAGAAGCCCGACUCCGGCUUCACGGUCAACCGCAGCAACCCGCGCAAGAUUCAAGUCGCCCUCCCGCAGCUCAAGUCCGAGAAUCCGAAAGACCAGGAUGCUGACAAUGGACCCGCUCGCAAAAAAGCUCGGCUAGGCGGAGGCUCCGGUGGAGGCUUCAGCGGCUUCCUACCUAAGCCCAAACGCGCAGCGGACAAAAAGUCAUCGGUGGCGUCGACGCGGAAGAUCUUCGAUCUGAAGACAGGUGCAGAGCGUGGGUUUGAUCGGGAGGCAGAUGCGGAAACGAAAUACAAGACUGAGAACGAUGCUAGUGGAGAGCAGGAUACGCCUAGCAAUCCAGCACAAUCGACCUCCAAAUCCAACAGUGCACCGGCCACGCAGACACCCAUCGGAGAGGUCAAAUUGCAUGGGAAUCCGAUGAUGUUCAGACCGCUGUCGGUUGGACGUCCUCAGAAGAAGAAAAAGACCACCGCCCAAUCCUCAUCUUCAGGGCCAGCUCCGGCCGCGGCGAAGCCCGUUGAAAAACCACAAGAACCAAUUUCAAAGGGUCCCGUUGAAACUGCACCACCCCCACUUAAACCCAAAGUCAGCCUCUUUUCCUUGUCAAGGGAAGAUACCGAAUCAACAGACAAUAAUUCAACAUCAACGGGAGCCUAUGAACCCCUGGUCUAUAACAACGAAGCCGAAAUACCCUCAGUUGGUCCGGUGCCAGCGCCGGACUUCACACCCACCGUGCCAAACUAUGCGCCAGUAAACCCUGUUACAUCAUCUCUCAAUAAUAUUGCCGACGACCUUAACCUAUCCAAAUCCCAACGACGCCAACUCUUUGGUCGAAACGCUCCCUCUGCCGACUCGAAAGUUCUCACUUUCAACACAGACCAAGAGUACGCGCAUAACCAGGCUGCGGCCGAGACGGAACUUGCUGCUACCCAGCACAACCCUGUCCGUGCCAUUGCCCCUGGCAAGCAUUCUUUGCAACAGCUUGUCAAUGCGGCGGCUUCGCAGAAAGACGCUUUGGAGGAGAGCUUUGCGGCGGGCAGAAGAAACAAGAAGGAGGCUGGGUCAAAAUAUGGUUGGUGA